AUGGCAUCAGCUGGAGAGAUGGACAGAACUGAGAGAAGAGCUUCUUGUUUCAGCACAGCAACCAGAAGAAUCAGAAAUGUGCUGUCUCGGAUCUGCAGAGACAACUCCUCCUCCUCUCAAGUUUACAUGAAUGCUCGGUCUCCUGUUAAAUCUGGGUCUCAACCCCAUCCCCCCAGUGGGCUGAGGAACAGUGUUGAGGAGGAUAGUGAGGCUCAGUUUUCUGACAAAGGAGGUGGAUUGCAGCCACUCAUUGAUGUUAGCUCCAGUAUCAAAGACUCAAAUCAUCCUGAACCCUCCGAGGACGAACAUCCUAAUCUAAGAACAAAGAGAAGCAACAGUGAGGACAGCCCUACAGAAAGGCGGAGGAAAUGGAUUCAUGCUCGCAGUAAGUCAGAGUCAGGAUAUCUGAGUGAUGCUCAGGAUCUAGAUGAAGCUGAUACACCUGUGAGCUGGUCAGUCGCAAGCCCCUUGCUAACCUGCUGUCAGAUCCAGACCUGCUCCUCAGGUUGUGCCAGGAAUGAAAGAGUCUGUGGAUCUUUGCUUCGUUUUAACAUCUCCCGCUCACUGAGUCAUAUGACCUCUGCAAAGGACAAAACUCCAACACGAGCACACAGCUUACCUAAGCUGCAGUUAAAAAGCAGCUUUGAGCAGUUCACACCUAAUGUCACUGCUGAUGAAGACCAUGAAACCUACAGGUUCCAGAGCUCCUGCUCAGGCCUAUACCAGUGCAGAGUGACAGGUCUACUGUUCCUGAUGGAGCGAGAAGGGGAGGUGGUCUACAGGACGCUCUCUUGGGACAGAAGGCUGCUGUCCCAGCAUCACAAGCAGCCUGCAGGACCCCUGUUUGACAUCAAAUGUGAGCAGCAGAGUGUGUGUCAGCUUCACCUUCCACAUUGUGAGAUCCGCUCCACAGGUGGAGCUGAGUUCUUGUCAGUGGCUCACAUGGAUGAAGAAGAGGGCAUCGAGUUUAUAGCCCCUCAGAAGAUCACAGAAACUCAUGUCGUCAUCAACAUCUCAGGUGUCUCUGCCUUCGGUAACGUCAAAGACGAAGACUCCCCUCCUGACCCUGUCCAAGCACUGGUACUGCUGUUCUACAGACCCCCAUCUAAUCCAGAUCCCACCUCCCUCCUCAAUGUGAUGGUUUUACCAAGGAACGUGGCGUUCAGGGACGUGCUCCGCUACAGGAAGAAGUUAGAUGGAGAAGAGUGCUACAUUGAGACAUCCCCACACUGUAAACUGAUCCCACAGCAGGAAUACUCUCUGUCCAUCUGUCCUGAAGACGACUCAGUUCUAGUGGAACCAACAACAGCUGAGUUUGACUCUGACAACUACGACAACUACUUCCCAUCAUUCCAGGUGUUUUUAGAAAGAACCUUGAAACACAUGAAGCUGGUUUUGAGAGACACCAACAGCUCCCACAGCGUCUGGGAAAGACGAGUUUGUCUCUCGUCUUCUGGAGUCCUAAGGUCCUGUGGACAGAGUGCUCUAAAUUUGCCUCUAGACCAGAGACUGUUUGACAUUAGGAGCAGUUUCAUUGAGGGGGUAUCAGGACCUGUCCUCCAAACUCUGCUGGACAAACUGUCUGAAAAAACGGUGAUGACAGACUGUGAGCGGGAGUCCGCAGACGAGCUGAGAAACAGAAGAGAGAAAGCUCGUUUUGUUAUCGACACAGUGAGGAAGAAAGGAGAAGCUGCCAGUUCAGAGAUGAUUGAGGCUCUCUGUGAGCUGGACCCCUUCCUCUGUGAACACCUGGAUCUGAACUGA